AUGGCUUUUGAAUUGUGUCUCAGUUCUGUAGAGAGUCGACCAAACCACUUUGUUUUUAAUUUUCUUUCUUUCUUUCUUUCUUUCUUUCUUUCUUUCUUUCUUUCUUUCUUUCCUUCUUUCUUUCUCUUCGAGGCUUUCUUUUUUUUUUUUCUUUCUUUCUUUCUUUCUUUCUUUCUUUCUUUCUUUCUUUCUUUCUUUCUUUCUUUCUUUCUUUCUAUUCGAGACUUUCUUUUUCUUUCUUUCUUUCUUUCUUUCUAUUCGAAACUUUCUUUUUCAUUUUCUUUCUUUUUAUUUGAGGCUUUCUUUUUCAUUUUCUUUCUUUCUUUCUUUCUAUUCGAGACUUUCUUUUUCUUUCUUUCUUUCUUUCUUUCUUUCUUUCUAUUCGAAACAUUCUUUUUCAUUUUCUUUUCUUUCUUUCUUUCUUUCUUUCUUUCUUUCUUUUUAUUUGAGACUUUCUUUUUCAUUUUCUUUCUUUCUUUCUAUUCGAGACUUUCAUUUUCUUUUCUUUCUUUCUUCUUUUUUUCUAUUCGGGACUUUCUUUUUCAUUUUCUUUUUUUAUUUUUUCUUUCUUUCUUUUUAUUCGAAACUUUGUUUCUCAUAUUCUUUCUUUCUUUCUUUCUUUCUUUCUUUCUUUCUUUCUUUCUUUCUUUCUUUCUUUCUUCCUUACAUUUUUUUUUACAUGCUAUAUUUUCUUUCCAUCUAUUUUUCCCCGAAUGUUUAAUCUCUCUCUCUCUUUAUCUAUCUAUCUAUCCAUCUAUCUAUCUAUCUAUCUAUCUAGUCUUCAGCUUCUUAUCUAAGUCUUCUCCUUCUUAUUUAUCUAUCUAUCUAUCUAUCUAUCUAUCUAUCUAUCUAUCUAUCUAUCUAGUCUUUAGCUUCUUAUCUAUCUAUCUAUCUAUCUAUCUAUCUAUCUAUCUAUCUAUCUAUAUAUAUAUAUAUAUAUAUACUGCCAAGGCAACAUAA